UUUUGACGCCUGGUUUUUAAUUAUAAACCAUGUGCGCAGUGAGCUUCGUCAAAAACGCAGCCGGCAAAGAUGUGGCAAUUAUGGACGGGUUUACUUUCAACUUGGCCAGCCGACACUUCACCACGCUGCAUUGGACUUGCACCCGUAACAACAUCUGCAGGGCCAGUGACAUUCGUUCAGAACUCGUGGGGAAGGGAAGUGGCAAUCCUCAAAGGUUUUACUUACAACCUCAGCAGCCGGCACCAGAAGACGCUUCGCUGGAGAUGCACCAGGAACAAAAUGUGCAAGGCCAGAAUCAUCACCACCAACACUGGACGCCGUCAAAUUGUACCUCAACUGAAUGACACCACGGCGCAUAAUCAUCCACCACCUGAUUUUUCGAUUCAUAAUGGCAUUAUUUUGAGGUUUAGAUCUUAAACUUAACGGUAAAAUAUUUAUGAAAAAUGUUUACAAUGAAAAUAGAGUCUUUAAGUAAUAAGUAAAUAAUUAAGGUUAUUUAGUUUGAACUUUAACAUAUUUCGAACCUGGCUGAAAGGAGAGAAAAAAUAUUCAAAAAUGAUUAUACGUUACUUUUUCCAAAGAUUGUUAAAUAUUUAAGUGCUAUUUAAAUUAUCUGAUCAGUAUUAGUACAUUAUAGUUAGAUUAGACAAGUCAAUAAGCUAUGAACGUAGAUAAAAUUAUAAUAAUGUGAAUAUAAUUAUUAAGGUGCCGUGUGGUUCCCGGCACCAGUACAAAAAGAAUAGGACCACUCCAUCUCUUUCCUAUGGAUGUUGUAAAAGGCGACUAAGGGAUAGGCUUACAAACUUGGGAAUCUUUUUUUAGGCGAUGGGCUAGCAAACUGUCUAAAAUUGCAUCUCAAUUCUAUCAUUAAGCCAAAUAGCUGAGCGUGGCCUAUCAGUCUUUUCAAGACUGUUGGCUCUGUCUACCCUACAAGGGAUAUAGACGUGACCAUAUG